GUCCUGGGGGCGGGAAGGUGCGUCCUGGGCGCCUGGUUCUAGCGGGACUAGCACAAAUCCAUCUGGGUUGUAAAGACAAUGAGGGAACCGAGCUGUGCCGGGUGAAGAUAACCGACCAGAGGACUGAAUUCUGCAGUCGGGUGUCCCAGAGGGGUCGGCGAGCGGGCAGCAGGGGAGGGGCGGAGCUCGGAGGUCCGGUCUGUGCUGAGGGUCUGCAGGAGCUGCAGGGGCGCGACCCCAGGCGCCUCUCCGAGGCUGGUCAACUCGGCCAUGGGGAGGCGGGCCGGCGCGCAGUUCCCAGCGCACGUCCUGGUCGGUCGCGGUGGAGACUGAACCUGCGGGCCCGCGCGCCCAGAGAUAUUUACAGAUGGUCAUUCCAUGAUGCUGCUUGUUACAACUCAAGGACUGCCUGCCAUACUGGUCUGCAGUGGAGAAGGCAGAAAUGGGAAUAUGAAUACCACAGCUUCCAUUCUGUUAUUAAUCACUCUGUAAACAUGUGCUACCACUACAGGGAGUAAACUGCACCACAGGGGGAAGUUCUUGGGGACCCCAAACCACCAGCACUCUUAUCAUUUCCUUUAAAGAACCAUGGCAUUUUAUUGCUACUGUUUGAUUCUCUUGGCCUUUACCUGGGAUAUUUCUGCCUAUGGACCUGAUCAGCGAGCCCAGAAGAAAGGGGACAUUAUCCUUGGCGGUCUCUUCCCUAUUCAUUUUGGAGUAGCAGCCAAAGAUCAAGAUCUGAAAUCAAGGCCAGAGUCUGUAGAAUGUAUCAGGUAUAAUUUCCGUGGAUUUCGCUGGUUACAAGCUAUGAUCUUUGCCAUAGAAGAGAUAAACAGCAGUCCAGCCCUUCUUCCCAACAUGACGCUGGGGUACAGGAUAUUUGACACUUGCAACACUGUCUCAAAAGCUUUAGAGGCCACUCUAAGUUUUGUGGCCCAGAACAAAAUCGAUUCUUUGAAUCUGGAUGAGUUCUGCAAUUGCUCAGAGCACAUACCCUCCACUAUUGCCGUGGUGGGAGCAACUGGCUCUGGCAUCUCCACAGCAGUAGCAAACCUGCUGGGUCUCUUCUACAUCCCUCAGGUCAGUUAUGCCUCCUCCAGUAGACUCCUCAGCAACAAGAAUCAGUUCAAGUCCUUCCUGCGUACCAUCCCUAAUGAUGAACACCAGGCCACAGCCAUGGCAGACAUUAUUGAAUAUUUCCGCUGGAACUGGGUGGGCACAAUUGCAGCUGAUGAUGACUAUGGCCGGCCAGGAAUUGAGAAGUUCCGAGAGGAAGCUGAAGAGAGGGAUAUCUGCAUUGACUUCAGUGAACUCAUCUCCCAGUAUUCUGAUGAGGAGGAGAUCCAGCAGGUGGUAGAGGUAAUCCAGAAUUCCACAGCCAAAGUCAUUGUUGUUUUCUCCAGUGGCCCAGACCUCGAACCCCUCAUCAAGGAGAUUGUCCGGCGCAAUAUCACGGGCAGGAUCUGGCUGGCCAGCGAGGCCUGGGCCAGCUCAUCCUUGAUCGCCAUGCCUGAGUACUUCCAUGUGGUUGGAGGCACCAUUGGAUUUGGUCUGAAGGCUGGACAGAUCCCAGGUUUCCGGGAGUUUCUGCAGAAAGUCCAUCCCAGGAAGUCUGUCCACAAUGGUUUUGCCAAGGAGUUUUGGGAAGAAACAUUUAACUGCCACCUCCAAGAAGGUGCUAAAGGCUCUUUGCCUAUGGACACCUUCCUGAGAGGGCUUGAAGAAGGUGGUGGGAGGAUGAGCAACAGCUCCACUGCCUUCCGACCUCUCUGUACAGGGGAUGAGAACAUCAGCAGUGUUGAGACCCCUUACAUGGAUUAUACACAUCUGCGGAUAUCUUAUAAUGUCUACCUAGCAGUCUACUCCAUUGCUCAUGCCCUGCAAGAUAUAUAUACCUGCUCACCUGGGAGAGGGCUUUUCACCAAUGGUUCCUGUGCAGAUAUCAAGAAGGUUGAGGCCUGGCAGGUUUUGAAACACCUACGACACAUAAACUUUACAAACAAUAUGGGAGAGCAGGUGACUUUCGAUGAAUGUGGUGACCUGGUGGGAAACUAUUCCAUCAUCAACUGGCAUCUCUCUCCAGAGGAUAGCUCCAUCAUGUUUAAGGAGGUUGGAUAUUACAAUGUGUAUGCCAAGAAGGGAGAAAGACUUUUCAUCAAUGAGGAGAAAAUCCUGUGGAGUGGGUUCUCCAGGGAGGUGCCUUUCUCCAACUGCAGCCGAGACUGCCUGGCAGGGACUAGGAAAGGAAUCAUUGAAGGGGAGCCUACCUGCUGCUUUGAGUGUGUGGAGUGUCCAGAUGGGGAGUACAGUGAUGAGACAGAUGCAAGUGCCUGUGACAAGUGCCCAGAUGACUUCUGGUCCAAUGAGAACCACACAUCUUGCAUCGCUAAGGAGAUUGAGUUUUUGUCGUGGACAGAGCCCUUUGGGAUAGCACUCACACUCUUUGCUGUGCUGGGCAUUUUCCUGACAACCUUUGUGUUAGGCGUCUUCAUCAAGUUCCGCAAUACGCCCAUUGUCAAGGCCACCAACCGCGAGCUCUCCUACCUGCUGCUCUUCUCCCUGCUCUGCUGUUUCUCCAGCUCCCUAUUCUUCAUUGGGGAGCCCCAGGAUUGGACUUGUCGUCUCCGCCAGCCAGCCUUUGGGAUCAGCUUUGUGCUCUGCAUCUCCUGCAUCCUGGUGAAAACCAACAACAUCCUCCUGGUUUUCGAGGCCAAGAUCCCCACCAGCUUCCACCGCAAGUGGUGGGGGUUAAACCUGCAGUUUCUACUGGUCUUCCUCUGCACCUUCAUGCAGAUUGUCAUCUGUGUGAUCUGGCUCUACACAUCCCCCCCGUCUAGCUACCGCAACCACGAGCUGGAAGACGAGAUCAUCUUCAUUACGUGCCACGAGGGCUCGCUCAUGGCACUGGGCUUCCUAAUUGGCUAUACCUGUCUGCUGGCCGCCAUCUGCUUCUUCUUUGCCUUCAAGUCUCGCAAGCUGCCCGAGAACUUCAAUGAAGCCAAGUUCAUCACCUUCAGCAUGCUCAUCUUCUUCAUCGUCUGGAUCUCCUUCAUCCCCGCCUACGCCAGCACUUAUGGCAAGUUUGUCUCAGCUGUGGAGGUGAUCGCCAUCCUGGCAGCCAGCUUUGGCUUGCUGGCCUGCAUCUUCUUCAAUAAAGUCUACAUCAUCCUUUUCAAGCCAUCUCGGAACACCAUCGAGGAGGUGCGCUGCAGCACCGCGGCACAUGCCUUCAAGGUGGCUGCCCGGGCCACGCUGCGUCGCAGCAACGUCUCGCGCAAGCGAUCCAAUAGCCUGGGUGGCUCCACCGGAUCCACCCCCUCCUCUUCCAUCAGCAGCAAGAGCAACAGCGAAGACCCCUUCCCACCACCUGAGAGGCAGAAGCAGCAGCAGCCAUUGGCCCUGACGCAGCAGGAGCAGCAGCCACAGCCGCAACCGCAGCAGCAGCCGCCCAGAUGCAAGCAGAAGGUCAUCUUUGGCAGUGGCACCGUCACCUUCUCCUUAAGCUUCGAUGAGCCUCAGAAGGGUGCCACAGGACACAGGAAUUCCACACAGCAGAACUCCCUGGAGGCCCAGAAAGGUGGCGAUCCCCUGCCCAGACACCAGGCGUUACUCCCGCUGCAGUGUGGAGACACUGACUCAGAUCCCAUUCCCCCGGAGACAGGCCUGCAAGGGCCCGUAGGUGGGGAUUGCCAAGCAGAAAUGCAGGAUCCUGAGGAGAUGUCACCAGCUCUAGUAGUGUCCAAUGCUCAUAGCUUUGUCAUUAGCAGAGGAGGCAGCACCAUCACAGAAAACAUACUGCAUCUGUAACUCAGAAGGACUUCAUUCUAGGGAGAACCCUGAGGGAUUUCCCAGGAUCACAGAUCCCCAUAGGGAUGAGGAAUUUCCCAGAUUCCUUCCCUCCAAAGAGGAAAUGCUAGACAAGUCAGAUGCCUCCAGCUCAAUUGUACUGUUUUAAAUGGCAAUGAAUUGACUAGUGUUCGCUUUAAUAUGGCACAAAGAAGAGCCAUGCUCUCCUGCAGUUGGGUUUGUCAGAGUCGAGACUGCUUUGUGUGCCUUCAGUUCUAUUCUGUCCAACAACCGAGAGAUGAAACAAGACAUUAACUCACCUGCCCUCAACACCGUGGAGAGCCUGAACCAGCAACAAAAGUGUGCAAGACAUCAGAUUUGCAAUCCUGGCAUCUGGCACCAGAUUACCAUCUAAGUUUGAAAGACACCUGUGCUACCCAGCCCCUUGACUUUAACUGUUUAAAACCAUAAGAUGAAUGUGUCCCCUCCUAUUUAUGAAAACUAUAAGAUAUUUGGUCGUCUACUUGCUGCUGCUGCUGCUGUCAUGUGACAUUCAGAAGGUUAGUGUACCUCUUGUUCCAAAGUCUCUGGCUUUGUCCAGAACAUGGAAGUGAUGUCAUGUGUAGAUUACAGAAUCACAGGAAUCACCACAAAUUGUUGAGAAAGGAUGUAUGAAUCUAGUAAGUUGUAAUCAGUAGCACUCUAUGUAGCUUAACUUCUAAGAAAAUGCUUCUGCUGUUACAGCCCAUGGGCAAUUUAAACUGGGGUAGGGGGCAUGUCUGAGUCUGGCUUAUGUAAGACAGUAUUACUGAGCUCCACUUUUCUUGACCACCAACCACUAACCACCCUCACAUCCAUGAGCUAAGCCCUGUGUGAGUCUUAAGGGUCCAGAUGCAGAUGAGUGGCAGACUGCUGAGAACUCAGGCUUUGGGAUCAGAAAGACUUGAGUUCCUGGCCUGGGUGAAUCUCUUUCAGGUUGGAUAAUCACAGGCAGGAAUUUCAAUAAUCCCCAGUGUCUUUGUCUCUAAAAUACUCAUCCUUUCCUUCCCUUCAGAGCUCCUAUGUGGACUAGAUGAGAUAAUGUAUGUAAAGUGCUUUAGCAUGGUGCCCGCACUUAAUAAUAACUCAAUAAAUAUUAGCUGAUAUUA